AUGCCGAUCGUUUCCGUCACGCCCCCGGGAUUUGAAAGAUAUGGCCUCCCCAAGUCAGUCAGUUUGGCCCAUGGGGGGGCGUCAUGUAACCCAGUCGCCGAAUCGAGGGGAUUGAGAACCCACAUAUGCUUUUCUUACAUUGAAUCGUUCCAACUGGAGUCUGGCGUCGAGUUGACUGAUGUAACGGUUGCCUACAAGACCUGGGGCAAGCUCAACGCCAACGGCGACAACUGCCUGAUUAUUUGCCAUGCCUUGUCUGGCAGCAGUGAUGUAGAAGACUGGUGGGGGCCUUUGUUGGGCUACGGAAAGGCCUUUGAUACCUCCAGAUUUUUCGUCUUCUGUGCAAAUGUUCUCGGUUCUCCCUAUGGCACUACCUCGCCAUUGAGUAGGAAUCCAAAGACAGGCCGUCUUUACGGUCCAGAAUUCCCACAAACAUCCGUCCGAGACGACGUUCGUUUGCACAAACUCGUUCUCGAUGCUCUGGGAGUCACCAGCGUCGCAGCUGUAGUUGGAGGUUCUAUGGGCGGCUUUUUAACCCUCGAGUGGCCCCUGUGUUUUCCGGGCUACAUUAAAAACAUCGUUCCCAUCUCAACCUCUGUUAAUCACGACGCCUGGGGAAUAGCCUGGGCUGAAGCGCAAAGACAAUGCGUUUUUGCGGACCCCGCCUACCAAGACGGCUACUAUCAUCCAACUCCUGCCACUCAACCAGCAUCAGGACUUGCGGCAGCUCGAAUGGUUGCCAUGCUCACGUAUCGUUCUUCACCCUCCUUCCACGCUCGCUUUGGAAGGUCUCCUGCUGCAAAGGAUGGCCGGAAACCAAAAUCUCCAAAUAGCGUUCCAAACAGCAUUCCAAACGGUGUUCCAAAUGGCGUUCCAAAUGGUGCCCCGAAUGAUGUUCCGAAUGGCGUUCCAAAUGGCGUUCCGAAUGAUGCUCCGACUGAUGUUCCGAAUGGCGUUACCAAUGGUGUUACUAAUGGCGUUGCUCAGGAUAACUUGCUCCCUCAACCAGCACCACUAGAUACCCGAAGAGACAGCAAGAUCUCUGAAGAAGCGAAAGUUGUAGAAGGCAAAGCAGUGCGCCCGACAUUUACAGCGCAGAGCUACCUUCAAUACCAAGGUCAGAAGUUUGUUGGCCGUUUCGAUGCCAACUGUUUCAUACAUCUCACUCGAAAAAUGGAUCAUCACGAUCUCACCAGGGGGAGAAUCAAGGAGCAGCAGGGGGAUGGCGUUCAGGAUUCAUCGGACGAUGCCCUUUUAUCUCAGGUCUUAAGCAUCGUACCGCCGAAAUCCCUGGUUGUUGGGAUAACAUCCGAUGUGCUAUUCACGCCCGAGCAACAGGAUGUACUUGCUAGAAAUUUGCCAGAGGCGUCGCUGGUCAUGAUACCUUCCGCCCAAGGACACGAUGGGUUUUUGUUGGAGUUUGAAACUUUGGGUCCCUUGAUUGACGGGCAUCUAAGAGAGCGGUGCCCCUGGGUUUACGAAGGCCCUCCGCUGGUUGUUGAAGAUUCGAGGAAGGUGGUCAAAGAUAGUCUCUUCGGGGAGGUUGAAUCUGGCUGGUGA